AUGUUGCGGCCUGACAUAUCGCCAGCGUUUCCGUCUGUCCCUGCGGCUUCCCCCUGCUCACCAGAGGCUCGGUCCCGGGGUCCCCGCUACAAUUUCGAACUCCAGGAGACUCCUCUGGGCCGCCCUUCAGCCCAAGCCGCCUCUGCGUCUUCCCCACCAGGCACGUCUGGAGCGGCGGGUGACAGGAGCGGCAGCAGCAGUCUACCUGGGCACCCGCCCAGCGCCCUGCCGCCUCAAGGUUCAUACUUUAGAAACAAAAGAUCUUUUGCAGAGAACACACACGUAUCAAAUGUUACGCUUGGUACAAGCUCAUCCUCUGCACGAGAUAGUAGUUAUCCUCAAAUACUAAAAUCUCCAUUAUGUGCUGGAAAUCCCCAGAGAUCAGGUUAUAAAAGUUGGACACCGCAAAUGGGAUAUUCAGCUACAUCCUCAUCUGCAGUUUCUGCACACUCUCCUUCAGUUAUUGUAGCUGUUGUAGAAGGCAGAGGACUUGCCAGAGGUGAAAUAGGAAUGGCAAGUAUUGAUUUAAAAAGCCCACAAAUUGUAUUAUCUCAGUUUGCGGACAAUACAACAUAUGCAAAGGUGAUCACUAAACUUAAAAUUUUAUCACCUUUGGAAAUAAUAAUGUCAAAUACUGCUUGUGUUGUGGGGAAUUCAACCAAGUUGUUUACUCUUAUCACAGAAAAUUUCAAGAAUGUUAAUUUCACUACUAUCCAAAGGAAAUACUUCAAUGAAACAAAAGGACUAGAAUACAUUGAACAGUUAUGCAUAGCAGAAUUCAACACUGUCCUAAUGGAGGUUCAGUCCAAAUAUUACUGCCUUGCAGCUGUUGCAGCUUUAUUAAAAUAUGUUGAAUUUAUUCAAAAUUCAGUUUACGCACCAAAAUCGCUAAAGAUUUGUUUCCAGGGUAGUGAACAGACAGCCAUGAUAGAUUCAUCAUCAGCCCAAAACCUUGAAUUACUAAUUAAUAAUCAAGACUCUAGGAAUAAUCACACGCUCUUUGGUGUUCUAAAUUAUACUAAGACUCCUGGAGGAAGUAGAAGACUUCGUUCUAAUAUAUUAGAACCUCUAGUUGAUGUUGAAACAAUUAGCAUGAGAUUAGAUUGUGUUCAGGAACUGCUUCAAGAUGAGGAACUCUUUUUUGGACUUCAGUCAGUUAUAGCAAGAUUUCUUGAUACAGAGCAACUUCUUUCUGUUUUAGUUCAAAUUCCAAAGCAAGACACGGUUAAUGCAGCUGAAUCAAAGAUAACAAAUUUAAUAUACCUAAAACAUACCUUGGAACUUGUGGAUCCUUUAAAGAUUACUCUGAAGAACUGUAAUACACCUUUAUUAAGAGCUUAUUAUGGUUCCUUGGAAGAUAAGAGGUUUGGAAUCAUACUUGACAAGAUUAAAACAGUAAUUAAUGAUGAUGCAAGAUACAUGAAGGGAUGCCUGAACAUGAGGACUCAGAAGUGCUAUGCAGUGAGGUCCAACAUAAAUGAAUUUCUUGACAUAGCCAGAAGAACAUAUACAGAGAUUGUAGAUGACAUAGCAGGAAUGAUAACACAGCUUGCGGAAAAAUAUAGUCUUCCUUUAAGGACAAGUUUUAGCUCUGCUCGAGGAUUUUUCAUUCAGAUGACUACAGAUUGUACAGUCCUACCCAAUGAUCAACUUCCUUCUGAGUUUAUUAAGAUUUCUAAAGUGAAAAAUUCUUAUAGCUUUACAUCAGCAGAUUUAAUUAAAAUGAAUGAAAGAUGCCAAGAGUCUUUGAGAGAAAUCUAUCACAUGACUUAUAUGAUUGUGUGCAAACUGCUUAGUGAGAUUUAUGAGCAUAUUCAUUGCUUAUAUAAACUGUCUGACACUGUGUCAAUGCUGGAUAUGCUACUGUCAUUUGCUCAUGCCUGUACUCUUUCUGACUAUGUUCGGCCAGAGUUCACUGAUACUUUAGCAAUCAAGCAGGGGUGGCAUCCCAUUCUUGAAAGAAUAUCUGUGGAAAAACCUGUCCCUAACAAUACCUAUAUUACAGAAGGGAGUAAUUUUUUUAUCAUAACUGGACCAAAUAUGAGUGGGAAAUCCACAUAUUUGAAACAGAUUGCUCUUUGUCAGAUUAUGGCCCAAAUUGGAUCAUAUGUUCCAGCAGAAUAUUCUUCCUUUAGAAUUGCUGAACAAAUUUUUACAAGAAUAAGUACUGAUGACGAUAUCGAAACAAAUUCAUCAACAUUUAUGAAGGAAAUGAAAGAGAUAGCAUAUAUUCUACAUAAUGCUAAUGACAAGUCACUCAUAUUAAUUGAUGAACUUGGCAGAGGUACUAAUACAGAAGAAGGCAUUGGCAUUUGUUAUGCUGUUUGUGAACAUCUGCUGAGCUUAAAGGCAUUUACACUGUUUGCUACACAUUUCCUGGAACUGUGCCAAAUAGAUGGUCUAUAUCCUAACGUAGAAAACAUGCAUUUUGAAGUUCAACAUGUAAAGAACACUUCAAGAAAUAAAGAAGCAAUCUUGUAUACCUACAAACUUUCUAAGGGACUUACAGAAGAAAAAAAUUAUGGAUUAAAAGCUGCAGAGGUAUCAUCACUCCCACCGUCAAUUGUCUUGGAUGCCAAAGACAUCACAACUCGAAUUACCAGACAGAUUUUGCAAAACCAAAGGAGUACACCUGAGAUGGAAAGACAGAGAGCUGUGUACCAUCUAGCUACUAGACUUGUUCAAACUGCUCGAAACUCUCAAUUGGAUCCAGACAGUUUACGAACAUAUUUAAGUAAUCUCAAAAAGAAGUAUGAAGCAGAUUUUCAAGAUUCAGGAAAGACUGAAGAAUAG